AUUCCUACGCUGCUGCUGUGCGUCCCUGAUAAGCCGGCCACCAAACCCCCAAGUCACUCCGGAGACAGCUACGUCCGGCUCUAUUUCGGUCUCUUCCUCCUUGGGUCUUGGAGAUAGAGUGCCAAGGUGGUGCCCCACAGAAGGACCCCGGCAUUCGGGGCAUCAUGACCCCCAUCUGGAUCUUACUCCUUCUCCAGCUGCAACUCACCAGAGAGGAAGAUGCCUACGUCCAGAAGGGGCAGGACCGGGAGCUCCCUUGCGGCCUGGUCGAGUCUCUCCCGGGCACGGAAGAGGUGACGUGGUCCUACAAUGCUGGUGUUCCUGGGUCCUCGUCGGUGCCAUUAUUCCGGGGCGCGGCGGGUCAGGCCCAGAAGGAGGCGGAGGCCAGGGAGCGGCUCUCCGUGUUCCGCAACCACUCCCUGUACCUGCGGGGGGCCGAGGACGGGGACACGGGGACCUACUGGUGUUCGGUGCAGGGAGCCACCCGCAACACCUACCACCUGAAUGUUGUCACAGGGACCCAGAUGGCGCUGACGACCGGCCACACCAACAUGACCUGCCACCAGUUCUCCUGCGCGAUCUUGGACCGGCAGGCGCUGCCGGCGGUGACAUGGCGGGUCGACGGGCAGCGGGCGCAGGACACCGACGGGCAGGGCCGGCACCUCGUCUUCUCGGGCUCGCGGGCGGCGCUGCUCCAGGCCUGCUGGAACACGAGCGACCAGGGGGCCAGGAAGAAGAAAAAACGGGUCAAGUGUGAGGUGAACGGCCUGCAGGUCACCUUCAACCUCGCCGGUAGGGACGGGGCCAGGACACUGGGGUUCUCUGG